AUGCUUACUCUACUUUUCAACUGCGCCUACCAAAACAUGCGUACCCUCUUGUUCCUCGCCAUUAUUGUCGCAAUCUCAUGGACUCUUCUCGAAGUUGUCGAUUCUAAAGGGAUUCCGGCGAAACGAGUGAAACGUCAAUAUUACGGUGGAUAUGGUUAUGGUAUGAUUGAAGCUUAUGGUACCCUAAAAAAUGAUUUCUUAUUUUCAGGCUGCGGCUGCGCCACUUAUGCUCCAUGCCCUCAUGGAAACGGAGGAUACGGCUAUGGUGGAUAUGGUGGAUAUGGUGGAUAUGGCGGAUACGGAGGCUAUGGUGGUUACGGCUACAAAAAAUAA